AUGAGUGCAGUUGCGUCAUCAUCUACGACAGUAGUUGACAAUAAUUCGAAUAGUUCUAUAAUUUGCAAUAAUCCACCAAAAAGGCGAAAUGGAACAUUUCGUGUUUUAGCAGAAGAUUAUUCACAAUUUACGUUAGGUGAUGAAUUUGACAAUGAUUUUCAUCAGAUUUUAACAGAUUGUGAACCAUAUACGCUUAAAUUUGAAUCAAUUCUUGAUGAUCCAUUAAUUGAUCGUUUUAAUAAUAAAAAAUUAAAUAAAAAUACAUUAAAAGAAUCAUACAUGUCGCAUCAUCAAAAGGAAAUUUCCAGGUUAACAGAUGAAGUAGAAAUUGAUGGUGAUUCAGCAUCAGAUGAAUUAGAUUUAUUACCACCUUUACCGCCUUCUUCAGGCACAGGACGAAAAUUUCCAAAAUGGAAAAUAAAAUUGCCAAAUUGGUUACUUUGUCGUAAUCCUCGUGUUCCAAUAAAAUGUAUUAUUAUGUAA